AUGGCUACCCCCGCCGCGGGCAAAAAACCGCAGAUUACCACACUGGAACCGGAGAGCGAACGCACGCAGGAAAUUCCACAAAAUGCGAGGAAAGGCGGCUUGGUAGGGCUUGUCCUGGGAAGGAACUCCAUUGCCACGACCUUCCUCAAAAGUUUCAAACCGUUGACAGACUUCCUCCAAUCGUGGGGUAUUCUCAUAAUCCACUUGAUCUUCGUUUCUCUUCUCGCAACCUGCAUUCUUGUUUGGGUUUCAGGCCUGCGGGUGAAUGCAGGCAAUAACCGUUCAACAACAAGUCGGCAGGUGUAUAUCUUCGGGGAUGAGAUCAACACUAAAGUACUGGCCACCUUUAACGUUAAAGACUGGAUCCUCCCCGGUGACAUCACGACCAUCGUCUCAACAGGCCUUGUUUUCAUCAAGCUCGCAACGGGAUCGUGGGCAGGAGUCGCAGCCUGGCGGUGUGCCUGCAUUAUGCUCGAAAAGCAGUCUCUUACCUUCGCAGAGAUCAAAUUCAUAGUAUCCUAUAAAAUGGGAAUUUUUCCGCGCGAAAAAUACUCUUGUACGACGCUCAUCAUACUGUUGCUUCUAGUACCUGCUCAGCUCUCUGGUCCCUUGGUUUCUGGUUCUAUCAGUUGGAAGCAAUCUAUCGGUUUCAUUCAUUCACCCAGUGUUCUCCAGGUGUUUCCAUCCUCGGGAGGGGACCCAAUAAUCUGGAGGGAAUAUAUUGAAGACGCAGACACACGCGAGGAGGUCAUGAGCGAGGCACUAUCCUUCUCGUGGUCACUGUAUCAUGAAACCCUAAUCAAUGAAAACAAUGCAUGCCGGAGACACAUCUCAGAUAAAACGUUGAGUGACAGUUCGACGGUGAAUAAUAUCACGAUACCUUGUUUGCGAUUCGAUUCGAUAGCGUGGGAGCAGAACCCUCCAUCCGAGCAAAUUAUGAGCACAUUCGCGAAUCCUUACCGUGGGGCCCUUCCAGAGCCAAAGGAGAAUCCCAUUACUCAUGCAACUACCGGUAAUGUUGGAAUGCUGGAUCUUCCCCAGUGGGAUGGGAAUGCAACGUAUCAGGGCUCCUACCCAACCCCUACGAUUUUCAACGAACCACGUCUAGUUGCUUUUCUCUAUGCAACUGUGCCCACCAACCAGACCUGCCCAACGAUGUACGUUGAACCACAAACCAGAACCAAAAGCGCUGUCUUCCAGCGGAACGGAAUAGUAAAAAACAGUUGCUAUACCUUUGCCAGAGUCAGCUUCACUGCGGGAACAACCUUAUCGCAGGCGAAAGUCAUUUCUCCGGGGGUCAUGCAAGGCAGUUAUCAUGCCAAUAUCGUUGCGAACGAGUUUACCAAAGAAGCAAUAUUCUUGAUGAAUGACGUGAUGCAUAGCAUGGCCUUGGGUGAUCCUGAUCAAAACGUAUCAAAUCACACAGAGGCCUUAAUUCUAGCCAUGCAGCGGGCGUAUGUGUCAUGCUGGAAUUCCUUGCAAUACAACUUUGGAGACAACAGCGGAACGAGAGCACGGAACGAUCUUCUAGGUGCCGGUGCGACGCAGAGAAUCGAUCUACUACAGGGAGUGGUGACCUACUGGAGGGUGUGGAUGUGGGUGGUACUCCAGUUGCUCGUAACGGUUUCGGGAAUUCUUUUGCGGUGUUUUGAGUCCCACUGGAAAGUUAGAAGUGAGGGUGUUCGGGAACAGAGCUUUGCAGCGGAUGCCUUGCUACUAGACACGACGGAGGUAUUUGCGGCGAAACGUGAGAGGAAGAGAGCGAGGAUUGCGAGGACCAAAAACCCGCCGGGACCACCGGAAGAUUUGCAGAAUUCACUUGGUAUUAAUACGCCAUUGCGUGUUCGCUUGGAGCCGAAGGAGCCGAAGGAGGGUAUCACAGUCCCGAAACAUGACAAACACCCGUACAUGUUGACUGUAUAUCCUCCUAAUCCACCAUCGGCUAGUGGUGCGGGGCCAGAAGUAGGUGUGGAAUGUGCAAAGUGUGGUCGGAAAUACUAG